AAAAAGUAAAAAAUGUGAAAUUCAAAUUCAAAUUCAGAUACACUGAGAUUGCGCUUGGCAAAUUAAUUGCAUGAAAAACUAAAAUGGACUAAAAGGAAGAGUAAAAUAUAAUAAGAAACUCGGAAAAUUUAAAAUUUCUUGUGAAUUCGAACCAUUAACGAACAAGAUAAAAUAAUGAAUUUAAGUUAAAAGUUGAAUUUUAAAAAAUUUAAAAAACUAAAAUGUUAAAAAUGUUAUCACCCGAUUUAGAAUAUAAUACCUCAUAUGAAUUUGGUGUUGAUAAUAUAAGCGGUUGGGGUGAACGUUAUUUUUAUACAUAUUAUAGUGAAUUUGGUAACCGGCCAAUAGCAAGUGUUAUCGAAGCAACAAUAUUAAUAAUAACAUUAAUUUUAUCGCUAGUGGCAAAUAUAUUAAUUGCGUAUGCGGUAUGUCGAUUCCGUGAAAUGCGUAAUAUUACCAAUUAUUUUUUAUUAAAUUUAGCUGCAGCGGAUUUAGUAUUUGCAUUUAGUAUACCAGCGAUUGCAUAUACGCGUAUUACACAAAAUUGGUAUUUAGGUGAUAUUUCGUGUAAAAUUGUACCAUAUUCACAGUUUGUUUGCUGUUUCGUUUUACUAUGGACGUUAACGUUAAUCAGCAUGGACCGAUAUCGUUGUAUAGUAGUACCACCUUAUCGUUCACAAUUAACACCAAAGCGUACAUUAGCAUUAAUCAUCAGUACAUGGUUAAUUGCAAUUAUAAUCUUUUUACCAGUCGUAUUCUGGUUUCGAGAACAACGAGUUCUUGAUAAACAUCUCAUAUGUACAUUAAUAUUCCCUCGAUCCGAUUACAAUAUCCCAUAUUCCUUAUGUUUUACGGUACCCGUGUUAUUCAUUGCUGGUUUAUUACCAAUGUCAUUACUUGUCUACUUUUAUCAUCAAAUCUUUCGGAAAAUUGUCUCAACUCGAAGCCGUUGGACAGUACCAUGUGUUCUGGUUACAUCGGAAAAUGGAAGUACAACACCGUUACGACGAGAUAGUGAAAUUAGUAUGUUGGGCUCAAUAAUGCCACCAUGGACACGGAAAUUUUCGAUUAGUAGUCAAACAAAUAUACCACCGUCAUCGCCACAAAUGAAAACUAAUCAAAGUCGUCAAGGUUCGAUGUCACAUCAUGAAGAAAUCCGUUUACACAAACAUAUUCGAGUCGUUCGAGUUUUACUACUAAAUGUGGUAGUCGUCCUCCUAAUGUGGCUACCAAUUACAGUUGUAUCAUAUUUAAUUUAUCAAGACGGUAUUCGACCAAAUGAAAAUACCGAUUUCUUUCUACGAAGUCAUCAUUUUGUCUGGUGUUUAAUAAUUGCAUUAUUAAAUACAGUUGUAAAUCCAUUACUGUAUGGUGUAUUAUCGGAAAAUUUCCGUUCAUGUUUUCUUAAAUGGUGGUUUGGACGUUCACAAAAACAUAGCUCCGAUUUAGAAAAAUAUUGUGGGAAAUCGAAUGAGAUUUUUAAUGAUUUAAAUAAGACUGUUGUACGUACACCGAGUACGGGAAAAACUGUCCUUAAUGGCUUUAAAGGUAAAAAACAAACAUUAACAACAUCUACAUCACCAAGGAAAAAUAGUUCAGUGGGAUCGAUUGCUGAAUAUCCCAGUGAAGAAAAUUAGAGAAUUGUAUCUCAAAAUCGAUUUUGAGA